UGGCCAGCAUCCACAAGAUCUACCACACACUGCACAAGCUGAACCUGACUGAGGACGUUGGGCCAGACACUCAAUCCACAGCCUGCUGCUCCAAAGCCAUGCCCCCGAGGAAAAAGAGGAGGCCCACUGCAGGAGAUGACCUGUCUGCAAAGAAGAGUCGCCAGGACAAGUACACCGUCACAACUCCAUCCCUUUCUAAUCAUCUUCUCAUCUGUUUAUUCACUGAAUCAUCAAUUUCACCGCGUGUCCUCUGACUUAGCCAUUAUUCAACCCAUCUGUCUGUUGUACCUAUCUAUCAAUCUGCCAAUUAGCACUUUACACUCUUGCAUAGCAGAGUCAUAAAACUUUAUUUGUCAGCUAAUUAUUCUGCAAGAUCCAAUUUGUAAUGAGCUUUUACAUUAGGUGAACUCACUUUACAGGCAUUUUUAUUCUCUUAGUUAUGUUAGUUUAUUUUUUUAAAGACGUGCGUCAGUGAUAAGUGUUUUUUUUUUUUCUUUCUUUUUAAUCAUUUGGUCUUUGUAGUCCAAAUCUUUGUGGAUUCUGGGAGCAUUGGGUGGUAGGUGGGAACACGCCGGGUGUAUCACAGGACACCAAGCACACACAUUCAUAGGCUUUUUUUUUUUUAAGCCUAAGGGUAACAAUAGGGCCACCAGUCCACCACCAUUUUAAUUUGGAGGAAACCCUAAACCCCAGAGAAAACCCACACUGUCACGGAGAGGACGUGUUAGAACAAGUGUGUCCUGCACUGUCUAGUUUGUCUUGUCCUGCACUGUUUGCACCAGGUUGCACAGUUGCACUUUAUGUGGCUAAGACUACUUACAUGUCCUUAGCCCUGUCUUUGUGUUAUGUAGCACCCUGAUCCUGGAGAAACGUCGUCUCAUUUCACUGUGUACUGUAACAGCUACAGUAUAUAUGGGUGAAAUGACAAUAAAAGCUUCUUGACUUGACUUGACUUGAAGAACACAGACAAACCGACUCUCCUUACUGAACGUUGCUGACUGAGCUCCUGUCUGAACAGUGGACCCUGGAGCUUCACCUCUGACUGCGCCGCCACUGCGUAGUUUGAUCGGAAGUAAAAUAUCCUUGUCUACAGGAGACAGGAGUCUUCGCAUAUCCAGGAAGCCGAAGCGUUUUCCAGUAAGAGAUGUCUGGAGUGGUUUUAUGAGUAUGCAGGUUGUGAUGAUGUGGUUGGACCAGAAGGCAUGGAGAAGUUCUGUGAAGAUAUUGGAGUGGAACCAGAGAAUGUGGUGAUGCUAGUAUUGGCUUGGAAACUGAAUGCUCAGAGUAUGGGCUACUUCACCCUGCAGGAGUGGCUUAAAGGAAUGGGUUCACUGCAAUGUGAUUCAACUGAAAAACUCAGGAACUCUCUAGACUACCUGAGGUCCAUCCUCAACGAUGCCACGAGUUUUAAACUCAUUUACAGAUACGCCUUUGACUUUGCCCGGGAGAAGGACCAGAGGAGUUUAGAUUUAAACACUGCCAAGUGCAUGCUGGGACUUCUACUGGGGAAAACCUGGCCACUAUUUCCUGUCUUUAACCAGUUUCUAGAGCAAUCCAAGUAUAAAGUAGUAAAUAAAGACCAGUGGUGUAAUGUUCUAGAGUUCAGUAGGACCAUUAACUUGGAUCUUAGCAACUACGAUGAGGACGGGGCUUGGCCAGUUUUGUUGGAUGAGUUUGUGGAGUGGUACAAAGACCGGGAGAUGUCAUAGCAACAACCGUCAUUGCCUCUACCAUCAUCAACAUCUAGAAACUAACUGGCGACAGGCACCGUGGCAUCAGUGACAGAAAUUACUUAGAAAUGGUCCUUAAAAACAAAACAUAAUCGGACCAGACGGGGCAAACUGUAGGUAUCCUGCCAAUGAAUUGUGUUUGUUUGUGUGAGUGUAUGUGUGUGUGUGUGUGAGAGAGAGAGAGAGAGAGAGAGAGAGAGAGAAAGAGAGAGAGAAGUAUUGAAAAAGUGUCAGCGUUUCUCAGUGUAACUUUCACAUGUUGCCCUUCUCAUAAGGGUUACGUGUGAGCGUCAUCACUGAUGAUAAAUACGUGAAACAGCACCUCUGCCCUAAAUUCUCACCUGAUGUCCCGACCAACCUGCAAUGCACCACGGGAAAGCACAUGGCCAAGCUCAGUGCUGCUCCCUGCUACCCUAAAGUACUGUGACGUGUCUAACUGUGAAUGUUUGAAUAGGUGUUUAAAGAUGGGUGAUCCGUGAUAUUCAACAUGGUAGGAUUUAACUCCUAAAUCCCUAAAUAGUUCCCUUCUUAUGCUAGGUGAUAAUACAUCACGGGGUCAUGUCAAAUACAAAAAGCUAAAAGAAGAGGUGAAGUAGCUUUGCUGCUGAUUAUGAUCUGCCUCACCAAACAUCAGAUCCUCACCUGUUACAUUACAUUCAAUCGUAACAAGUCAAACUUUUAAACAAAAAGGUUUUGCAAGAGAAAUAUCAAUAAGACAUCCUUUCUGUAAACAACUCGAUUGAAUGCAGAGAACAGGCUGUGUUUUAUUAACUGUGGAAAAAAAAACAAAAGUGCUAAAUCGGCACCCUCUUUACAGAAUAUUUUCUGACGCUCUCUUUGCUGUUUCAUUGUCCAGAUGAUCUUAAUCUGAUAAAUUACGCAAGGUAAUUAUACCUAUUUAUCAUAUAACAACAUAACAUGUAAUAAUUCCCUGCCAUCGAGCUGUUUCUUUUUCUCAUUAAAGGUUCUUUUGACGUC